AUGGCACCCCUAUCUAACAGGUUUUUUGUAGAUGGCACCCCUAUAAGAGUGUUUAAGAACACCACAGAGAAAGGAGAGAGCUACCCAACAAAACCAAUGAGGAUUACAGCAACAAUAUGGGCAUCUGGUGGAGUUCCAGUAAAUUGGAAUGAUGCACCAUUUGAAGUCAAUUACCAAGAAUUUAGCAUCGAUGGUUGCCAGGUUCAAAACACUAGCAACAAAGAAUAUUGUAAUUCUUCUAAUUUUUGGUGGAAUACUAACAAGUAUUGGGAGCUUAACCAUCAUCAAAAACAAGCUUACAACGAUGUUAGAAGCAAGUAUUUUAGUUUAUGA